ACGAACUAGCUUGGAUUCUGAACUCGAAAGUAGAUACAUACCGGACUUGCAGAUUCACGAACUGCAAACACUUGGCAGUGGACGGCCAUUCCGAAGGUGCCCUCAAUUCCACGUCGCAGAUGGGGAGGCUGGGUACGGACAUUGCCCAGCCUUCGAAAAAUUCGAGAUCAUGUUGCAGUGGAGCCAGUGAAUGGUCUCGGCGGAGGCGAUCGUAGGAUCUGGGACCGAGGGUUCGACAGAAUUCGCAAUCACGCCAGUUUUUGCAGGAACGGAGGGAGCACUGUACGAAUUCAGUCGUGUGCUGCGGAGAGUGGAGUGAGGAGGAGGAGGAGGAGGAGGAUGCCUCCGUCAUGGCAGGGCAUGGUGCCGCCGGGGAUGGAUGAUGGCUCGGAGUUUCCAGCUACGUCAGCUUACGCUCUACCGCCCUCGCUCGUGCCCCCUGUCCUGGUGCCCUCGGCCGAUCCCGAGGCUGUGGAUAAUAUGGUCAAUGAGAUAAUGCAGCUCGGCAUUGUCCCUGUGAAUCUGGCCAGUGAUUUAGCCCAGGCUUUGGUUUUCGGAAUUCAGUCAGCCAUGGCCUUCGGGUUGCCUCCACGAAGGUGAAUGAUCUAUGAGAUGGAGGAGAGUUUUUAGCAACUUGUUCCGAAGCUCGGAGUUUCACACAUCAGAGCAGCUCAAGUCUGCUGAUUGUUCCGACUGCUCUCUAACAUUCAAUUUCUCACAUACCUUUACAGAUGAUGACACAGUGAUCUUUAGAGACUAGAAUCUAAGGAACAAAACUAUUGUUGAGUCUCUCUUACUCGUACUUCGAGAAAGCUAGAUUGCUAGUGGACAGAGGUAGCUGGAGAAUCACCUGAAGAAUUGGCGGGAGUUCGUUUCUCGACUCCGAUUAAGAGGUUCAUAAAAGACUUGAACUUUUGAAUCGUUGAGUUCUGCAAUGUACAGUGAUCCCAAUCUUUGGAAGUUGAUGUUUGAUAGAAGUUCAGAAAUUAUGUGUACUAGACCAACUUACAGCUUCAACUCGGAUACCGCGUUGUAAAAGACUUUCAAGCGUACAGGCAAUUUUAUGCUUUCUGAAAAACGUCAUUCACUC